AUGAUGGUGAUGCUUCGCCUAUUACUACGGUGGUGUCUGAUAUGCCUGUUGGUAUCAAUCAGCAACAUCAGCAACAUCAGUGCCUUGCAUCACGAUUAUAAUACGAGAUCAAGCCUAAGAUCAUCAAGCACAAAAUUACUCAGCAGCAGUCGGCGCUCUCAUCCUCAUCAUCAUCAUCAGUAUCAACAAAGCAACCACUCUCCUCCUCCACUAAAAGUCGCUCUCAUUGGAGCUGGCCUUUUGGCCGCUGGAUCUCAUGCACCGGUCUUGCAACAAUUGGAACAAAAUGUUCGCUGUGUGGCGGUGUGGAGUCGGAAUUUUGAAAAUGCGGCCAGUUUGGCAUCUCAAAUGAAUGGUGCCAUGCCCACCGACUCCUUUGAAGAGAUUUUGAAGUCCCCACACAUUGAUGCUUUGAUUUUGAGUACACCGAUUGACGUCCAGUCGGACAUGGUACUCCAAGCCUUGCAGGCGGGCAAACACGUCCUCAGCGAAAAGCCACUGGCAGUGUCCAUGGAUCAAGCCCACGCCCUUAUGGAAGAAUACGAAGCAGCCUUUGAAGACGAUUUGGUUUGGAACGUGGCCGGGGAUUACAAAUACGCGUCCGCCGUUCGAUUUUCUCACAAGGCCAUGGAAGAGAUCGGCAAACCCUUUUUGGUAUCGUUGAAGGUGCGGGCACCCUUUCUCAAGUCGUCCCAUUACAGUGAAGCCAUGUGGCGGAAUCAGCCCGAUUGGUACGGCGGCAUGAUUGUGGAAGCCUUUGUGCACGCGAGUAGCAUGCUCCAAAGACUCUUUGGGUCCCCCCUGUGCGUCAGUGCGCACACCAGCAGCCAAACGCCCCACAUUCCAUCGUUGGAUACCAUGACGGCCCAAGUGACUUGGGACCGAGAAAUCCAAGGAACGGUGAGUGUCACGUACGCGUCGACCCAAAAUGAAUUUGAACUCGAAGUGAUUGGAAGUCAGGGGAGAAUGGUACUAAAACGAUUGUAUGAAGGCAAUCCAAGCAAUGGCAAUAGUGCUGGUGGCAGUGGAGGCAGCGGCAAUGGGUUUUAUCGACUGUCUGUCGAAAAUGCCAGCGAUCGAUAUCACCAGGACAUUCCCUUUGGUGGAUUGGACAGUGACAUUCUUGCAUUCUCUGACAGUAUUCAGUAUGGAAAUCAUGUCCCGCGCUUCAACACUCCCCAAGACGCCCUGCAGGAUUUGGAAUUGGUGGAUGCCUGUUUGGAAUCGGGCAAAUUGAAUGGGGCCCGGAUCUUGUUGCCACCCGAUAUGGAUCCCAUUCAUCAAAAGAAUUAUGGUGGCAGAAACGAACCACCAAUUACGGUCGAUCAUCUCAGCGAAGACAUGGCCGAAGAAAUGUCACCGUGGGCGACGACCAAGAGCAACAGUCAACAGCAGUAUCAACCACGAGGAGUGGAUAGGUAUGGUCAUUUGGACGAUGGAAGAACCAAAUGGCACGGCAAAGAACGACUGACGUAA